GUUUGUCUGAGGAAUGUUACAGGAAUGCAUUAUUAAAGUGGAUUUUAAGCCUUUUUUAUCUUGUGUGCAGUCUCUUCUGUUCCUGAUUUUGAAGCUUCUGGGUAUGUGCAGAUUCAGCCUAGCUCCUGCCCCAGGGCUCAGCGUGGCCCCAUUUGCUGCGAUGUCUGCAGGAGAAGCCAAGUACCACCCACUGGUGCAGGCACUCAUUCACCUCGCUGCAGGGGCAGCAGGGGGUGUGGCAUGUGUGGUGAGCGGGCAGCCUUUUGACACAAUCAAGGUGAAGAUGCAGACCUUCCCCACCAUGUACCAGGGCUUCUUUGACUGCUCGAUCAGGACGUACCAGCAGGAGGGGCUCCGCGGGCUGUACCAGGGGACCCUGCCAGCCCUGCUGGCCAAUGUGGCAGAGAACGCCGUGCUGUUUGCUUGCUAUGGGUUCUGCCAGCAGCUGGUCAGGCAGCUCUUUGGCUUGGGCAGCGUGCAGGAGCUGAGUGACCUGCACAGUGCGCUGGCUGGUUCCUUCUCCUCUGUCUUUUCCUCCAUGGUCCUGUGCCCCACUGAGCUGGUGAAGUGCCGCAUGCAGGCUUUGCAUGAGAUGAAAGUAACUGGGCGGGCAGCGAUAUCCUGUCACAGCUCGACCUGGGCUGUGGUGAAAGCCAUCUUUCACUCCGAGGGCCUGCUGGGCUUUUUCCAGGGCCUGACCAGUACAUGGCUGCGGGAGGUACCUGGCUACUUCUUCUUCUUUGGCGGCUAUGAAGUCAGUAGAAGUUUCUUCACUCAGGCUGGGAAGGUCAAGGAAGAUCUGGGUCCCAUCCCUCUCACAGUGAGUGGCGGGGUUGGGGGCGCCUGUUUCUGGCUGGCUGUUUAUCCCAUCGACUCGGUGAAGUCGCGGAUCCAGGUGCUGUCCAUGGCGGGGCGGCAGGAUGGCUUCUUGCUCUCCUUACUGCACAUUUUGAGGACAGAAGGUUUUGUGCCUCUUUACUGCGGACUGAUGCCCACAGUGAUACGUGCAGUCCCUUCCAACGGAGCUCUCUUCCUUGCAUAUGAAGUCACCAGGAAAAAGCUAAUGGAGCUGCUUGACAGGACGGCCUGAGAUUGGAGGUCAAAGCCUUAUCCCAGGAGGGGCAUCAGGACAACUGUAUAUGAGACUUGUCUUGAGCUGACAAGGCCAAAUCCACGUGUGAAGUUUCUCAGGGUGCUGGGUGGGGACAGACAGCUGCGACUGUCAUCAGAAGAGCCAUGUGACCUGCUCAGCCAUUUCAGUGCGGCAGCGAUUGGGCUCACCCCUAGAGAGCGCAGCCAUGCACCCUUUGACCUAGGCUGCUGCUUUCUCUAAGGCAUGUGCUGUUCAGUCUGUUGAGAACAAGGCUACCGUGUUCAACUGUGCUCUGGAGUGAGCGAACUGCAAUGCUCCUGCUGGCUUCAGCAGCUCAUGCAAAAUGGUUUUCCUUGUGUAAAUAACAAAGCUAAUCUUCCUGAGUGUUUGUGGGAAUUCAAUAAAGUCUCAGCUUGGAGAGGGCUUCUCUGUUUUUCCAGGGGCUGAUGGGACCCUGAGAACAGGCAGUCUCCAGAGGACAGAGGACCUGGCAGUGCAGCCUGGAGAGUAUUGGAGCCGAGCCUGGCCUGAUUGCUCUCUUGGUGAUGCUGUGGAAGGGCCCAGUAGUGUCCAUGGAAUAUUCUCUGUGUUGGAUCUUGUGGAACCCUGUACAAAAAGGUUAUGAAUAUCCAGAUAUGCGCUAUUUAUCUGCUGAUGUCUGUGUAGCCCACAGUCACCCUUACUCAUUGGACCAGCCAUACCUGGUCAGCUGCUCCAAGAAUGUGGUAGGCACUCUCCAGAAUGUCUUCUCCACUGCUCGUCUGCAACCUGUGCUUUCUUCUGUAACUUCUAGACCUUCUCUGGGUCCUAGCUAAACAUUUCCAUAUGCUGGGGAGAUGAGAAACAGGGUCAUUUACUGGGAAUGUGCUUUUUCCCAUGAGUAGAUGCAUUAGUUGAGUGAUUCUCAGCCAGGGUGCUGUGGCACCCUCAGGUGUCCUGAGAUCCCUUCAAGGGUGCUGUGGAGUGCUGGCAUUAUUAGGUGUGCAAACAUGAUCCACGAGAUAAUUCUGGAGAUUCCAAAUAGGAAUCCACAGUGAUAGAAACACUAUGAGACUUCAGAGAUUCGUGCAUGGUCAAUCUAUUAUUGGCUAUUCAGCAAAACGGGUGGAGAUGUUUCCUUUGGCAUCUCUCAUCCAAUAAUCGUGGAUGCCAGGGAGAGUAAUAAGGGAGAGAUCACUCUAGAUCUGUCCAAUUCAAUGCUCUUUCUCUAGUAUCUAGUCCUGCCACUGUUGGAGACAGGAUACUGGGCUAGAUGCACCAUUGGUCUGAGCCAAUCUGGCACUGCUGACGUUCUUGUGUAAAAACAUUGUGCCCUGUUGUGGUCUCUCGGAGUCCUUUCUGACAGAAUUAUUGCUGUUUUUUUUCAGUAGUUGAAAAAUGAGUGAAAACUAAGAGAUGGCAUUUUUCUAGGGUAUCUGGAGUCUAACAGAGGGGUGCCUUGAGU